AUGCACUCUGAGGUUUUGGUCCAAUCCAUGUUAGUGCCGUUGUCUCUGAUUCUGCUCUCUGCUGUGGAGGACUCUUUGUUACAGUCGGUGAGCCAGGUGGGUCUUGUGUGCAAGCUGUCCACAGAGUCUUCCCUGCGCCGAUGCCGGACACCCGACGGCAAAAUAUGCAGCGGCAAGGGCAAAUGUGACUGUGGCGUCUGCGUGUGUGAGGCCAAGGAGCCCGGGAAGUUCUACGGCCCCCGCUGCGAGUGCCACGACUGGGUCUGUGCAACGUACAACGGCCAAGUUUGCAAUGAUAUCGUGCCAUUCCUAAAGGGAGGUACCAUUGGUAUAUAG